GAGAUCUGUCGAAAUCAUUUAAGAAAAUUAGAGAACUAAUAUGUAUUGAGUAACAGAAAUACCCUACUUGACACUCGAACACUCGCUGACAAAACAAAACAUUACCAUUUGAGACUGUUAGACAAAUAUUUACUUGGAGGUAAAUCAGCGACUUCCUAAUGAUCGAAAUAUGAGAAAUAUAACGACAUACUACAAUCGUGAUGAGGAAAACUUUUGACAUCCCAUUAACUACCGUUUUCACAUCAUGUCGAUUUAUGAUGAUCGCUGAAUCUCGCCGUUUAAUGAAACAUGGGCGCCGCCAUUUUUUGUGUCAUGUGAUCGAAAGUAGUCCAAAAUGGUUACUACUUUGGUCCGAGUCUAGUUUCAGAGAAAAUGACGAGGGGUUCCGAUUGCCGAGGUUAGAUGACCGUAGAGAAUCGGCCGAGGUGUUCCGAAUGUUACUAUGUGUAACACACAGGUCGUUACAUUGGUGCUGCUCGUUUCGACACAUGCCGACUCAACUUCGAGUGUACCGGCUGUAUUGCAAGAUGGCGGCCGAUGCAAUAGCGUUGGCAAUGUUGGAUAUGUUUAUGGAAAGUGAUAGUGAACUUAAAAAGGGGAAGAAAUGGAAUGCUUGAUGGAGGCGACUCAACACCUCACAACGCAUUUACGAGAAGAUCGAACAAAAACAGAAGGGUAUUUUGAAGAAACAAUCCCGAACUACUUACCAGAUGACUUCACAAGGUUUUUUAAAAUGAAUCGUGAAACAUUUGAUGUCCUUUGUCAACACCUUAGUGAAUGUGAACAGUUAAAACAACGUGUAUGUGCAGGAGGUAGAGAACCGAUUCCGAUGGAGAAGAAGGUACUGAUGACCAUUCGUUAUUUGUCGUCAAUGGAUAAUACAAUACGUAGUUUAAGUGACAGAUUUGGUGUAACCGAUUCUUCGUUUUUGAAGUGUAGGGAACAAGUAAUUAAUGCAAUUAACUCUUCAUUGAAGAAAUUCAUCAAAUGGCCAACGACUGGUGAUUAUUUGUCAAUAUCAGAACGCUUCAAUGAUACAGGUUCAUAUAUAUAUGAAUUUCCAAAUAUCAUUGGAGCAAUAGAUGGGUCACACAUCCCAAUCGAAGCUCCAGCAGAGGAUGCUAAUGCAUAUUACAACAGGAAAGGAUUCCACUCCAUUCUUUUGCAGGGCAUCUGCACACAUGACUUGUAUUUUAUAAGUAUAAAUGUCGGUUGGCCAGGUCGUGUUCAUGAUGCAAAGGUUUUCAACAAUUCCAGCAUUUGUGAAAACGGAUUCAGACUUUGCAAUAAUGGAGAAUACCAUAUUUUGGGGGAUGGUGCAUAUCCAUUAAAAGAAUGGCUUCUUACCCCAUAUAAAGAUAAUGGUCACCUUACAAGACAACAAACACUGUUCAACAAAGCUUUAUCAUCAAAGAGGCAGGUGAUUGAACGUGCCUUUGCAUUGCUCAAAGGACGUUUUCGUAAACUGAGGUAUUUGAACUGUAAAUCCAUCAGAACAACUUGUGAUAUUGUUACUGCUGCUGGUGUGAUACACAACAUUUGUAUCAUACAAAAUGAUUUGGAUGGUAUAGAGGAACUAAUGGCAGUGGAUGAACUUCAAACAGAUGAUGAUAAUGUUAUCAACGAGAGGGAAAAUUCCCAUUUAGGGAUAACGAAGAGGUUACAAAUAACUAACAGCCUUGCAGUAAAUCAUUGAUCGUCAGUUCAUGAACAUUUACCUCCUAGAUAAGCUUGUCUCCACACCUUAUAUGUACAUGUAAAGGCAAUUAUCAUGAAACUGUCAUUUCCAUUUUUGAUUUGUUGUCAGCUUCUUUCGAACUGAUAUGAGGUAAUUGCUGAAGUGCACAUUGACAUAUAUAUCAUCUUAAAUCCAUGGUUGAAGCGAUUGUUAGUGGCAAGAUAAACUUAGUAAAUAUUAAACAUGUACGACUAC